AUGGGCUCAACCGACUUUGGCAACUUCAACAACUUCUGCAGAGAUUCCACUCUGCCAGUCUGCAACCUUCUCACAAACAACCGCAACCAAACAGGACCAUGGGGCGGCUGCGAACUCACUGGCAUUCCCCUCAGUGGAGGCCGACACCUCGGUAACCUUGGAUCCAUCAUCCUUGCUGCUAUUGCCAUCCUCACAUCCAUCUUUUUGGUGCUCAAGUCAGACAAGAAGAAGGCUGCUGUUGGCCGAAGGGAAAUGCAAUUGUUCCUUGUUGGCUACAUCAUAAUUAGCAUUUGCGAAAUCUUCUCCGUCGGCGAGUUCCCGCUCUCUGGCAAAGUCCGCGUCGCGUUUAGCGCAAUUCACAUCGGCAUGAUUAUUGCAACGACCUGGAUCCUAAUGCUCAAUGCCGUAAUUGGCUACCAAUUGAUCGACGACGGCACCGCGCUUUCUAUCGGACUAGUCCUUGCAUCCGCCGCCGCCUUCUUCAUCGGCACCGGGUACAUUGCUCUCGACACGGGACUAAGCUUUACGGGAUUCUGGGACUCGAGUUACGCCCUGCCCAACCGCAACAUUGCUCUCUACGUGCUCUACCAGCUUGUUCCCCUCAUUUUCCUCGUUGCUUUCUACGUUCUCGAGGCCAUCCUCGUCCUCCGCAUCCUGGGCGAGAUUCGCCCAAUGAUCUACCUGACAGGUGCUGCUGUCUUGUUCGCCAUUGGGCAGGUUUUCAAUUACACCGUGUCAUCGCACAUUUGCAAUGGAACCCACGGCAAAAUCGACGGUGCCCUAUUCCAAACCCUAUUCACUCUGUUGUCCGUUGUUGGUGUCUGGGCCUUUUGGUCUAGCAUCACCGAGGAUGACUGGUCAAAUCAGGAGGGCCCAUACCCUUAA